UAUGAAGUAUUGCAUAAACAACCCAGUGAGAGGACACACAUCUAACAAGGGACACGAAAUACUCAAAAACCUUCAAGUUUUCCUGUAAAUAUGAACAGGGUCGCUGGAGUUUUACGGCGUACGUUUGGAAUAGUACGCGAGCACGUCGGGACAGACCAUUUGGGAAAUACAUAUUACCAUAUCCCAGAACAGAAGACAUGGACAGGCAGGUUGGUCCGUGCCAGGCGGAUGGUGGUGGCAGCUAAUGUUACAGAAUAUACAUAUGUGGAAGGCAGCAUACCAAUGGAGUGGGACUCGUGGAUCCGAGGCAGACGGAAGGAGCCCCCCUCUGUCGAGGAGCUUCUGAAGAAUCAGUCUUACAGGGACAACAUCCAAAUUAAGGCCAGGGAGGUGGAGGAGAAAGAUCUGAUCCUACAGGCCAAGGAAUAUGAAGAUGGUCUUGUGACGACUCCUGCAAAGACUCUUGCCAAAGGCCAUGCCGCCUCCACCGACUUCGGGAAGCAGGAGAUCAGCGAGGACCCCAGCAGCACUGCCAACACCUUUCAGCCCGGCUCCUGGCUGCCCAAGAAAUAGACUGAGACAUCCACAUUCAGGGAGACCGCUGUACAAUAAAACACAAUCCAAUAGAUAAGCCCUGCAAUAAAGAACUACCUAUGUGAAACUGAUAUUUCCCAUUCAGUUGAAACUUUGUAGUGUAACUUUAGAAGCAACUUUCAGUAUAAUGUAAUUCAAGUCCAUACCACAACCUGCGACUUCAGAAAUAACCAGUUUAAAUCUCUUUAUUUUAUCUAGGCUGUAAUAAUUUCAAGGAUGUUUUAUUGGAUUGUUUUACAUUGUCAGGUUUUUAUUUCCGUAGUCCCUUGGUGUACAUACAUUGUAUAUAAUCAAGACAAUAGUCACUCAUCUUGAAGCUGACUUUAAGUAAUGAUUCAAUGGAGCCAAAAGGAAAAAGUGAAAUGCUUGUACUUCACAAUAGUCAAUUAUAGAUACUGUGUCAUGCAUUGUGGAUAUUGCAAGAAAUAAUUUCUAAUAAAUUGUGACUUUGGUAAUAUC